AUGGAUAAAGUAGACGAAUAUUUCGAUGUCGCCUUAUCACUGGUUAAAUCUGCAGGAAACCUUAUAAGCGAACAUGUAAACGGAUGUAAAGUGUUUGAGAAGAAGUCCUGUGAUAUUGACCUUGUUACCGAAAUAGAUAAGAAGGUCGAGGAAACACUUAUUGUCGGUUUAUCCAAAAAAUUUCCAACGCACAAGUUUAUUGGUGAGGAAUCGGUUUCUGGUGGAGCGAAGUGCGAGCUGACUGACGCUCCUACUUGGAUCAUUGACCCAGUGGAUGGUACACUCAACUUUAUUCACGGUUUUCCUCUGUGUUGCAUAUCAGUUGGUCUCGCGAUCAACAAGGAGUGUGUUGCUGGUAUUAUUUACAACCCUAACUUGGGUCAGCUGUUUACUGCCAAGAAGGGUCAGGGAGCAUUCUUGAACGGCAGACAGAUACAUGUAUCCCAAGUGACUGAGCUGCGCAAUGCUUUAGUUGCUUUUGAAGCUGGCACAAGUCGAGAUGAAGAGAGAUGUAGAAUUGUUUUUGAGAAUUACAAACUUGUGGUGAAUAAUGGCCAUGGUUUGCGUUCACUGGGCUCUGCUGCAUUGAAUAUGGCGAUGGUGGCUAUGGGUGGGGCUGAUGCCAACUUUGAAUUUGGAAUCCAUGCUUGGGAUAUUGCUGCGGGAGAUAUUUUGGUAAGAGAGGCUGGAGGAGUCUGUAUAGACCCUGCUGGUGGACCUCUGGACCUGUUAUCACGCCGAGUACUCUGUACUAGCACUCCUGAGUUGGCUCAGGAGCUGUCCAAGACCCUGGUGCAGUUCUACCCAGAGAGGGACUAA